CUCGCCAGUGCCUCGUCUUCCCCAUAAUCAGUCUCUCUCUCUAUAUUUUCUCUCAGAUUACACUGGUUUCUCUGCUCUGCUCUGCUCUCUUUCACUUACUCACUCCAGUUCCUCGUCUUCCAUCUGAUUUUCCCAAGAUGUUUAUUCUUCUGUCCGGGUGAAAAGUUAUUAGGGUUUCCAUACUUCUUGGACUUCUUCGAGUUACUGUCUGAGGAUUUGGGGCGGGCAUGGUGGGCUCUGAGGAGGACUCUGGUACUUCUGGGGCCGCGUUGCAGCUCCCUGGCAGCCAGAAAUUGUUCUGGCGUUCGGCUUCAUGGUCUGCGUCACGUUCCUCUCUUCACCAUCCCGAAGUGAACAAAGAAGGUGGAGACUCCAAUGGGAAUCUUGCUGAUAGUAAUGGACCGAGCCGAAUUUAUCCUGCUCCAUUAACCCCGAGAUCACAGCAGCAUUGCAAAGCAAGGUCGUGUUUGCCUCCUUUACAGCCUUUGUCGAUAGCUCGACGAAGCUUAGAUGAAUGGCCGAAGGCAGGGUCGGAUGAUAUAGGCGAGUGGCCACAACCUCCUACUCCAAGUGGCAGGGGAAAUGGCGAGAGGCUGAAACUUGAUUUGUCGACAAUCCAGAGGAACCCGGAUAAAAAUUGUGGACUUGUGAAGAGGGAUAAGAUUGCUUUCUUUGACAAAGAGUGUUCAAAAGUGGCGGAACAUGUAUAUCUUGGUGGAGAUGCAGUUGCUCGAGAUAGGGAUAUACUUAAACAGAAUAGAAUCACUCAUGUGUUGAAUUGUGUAGGUUUUGUUUGCCCGGAGUACUUCAAGGAUGAUUUUGUGUACAGAACUUUGUGGUUGCAGGAUAGCCCAUCUGAGGAUAUUACUAGUAUUCUUUAUGAUGUUUUUGACUACUUUGAAGAUGUUAGAGAACAAAGUGGAAGGGUUUUUGUUCAUUGUUGCCAGGGAGUAUCUCGGUCAACAUCCUUGGUGAUUGCGUAUCUGAUGUGGAGAGAAGGGCAGAGUUUUGAUGAUGCAUUUCAAUAUGUGAAGGCGGCGAGAGGUAUUGCUGACCCGAAUAUGGGUUUUGCUUGCCAGUUAUUACAGUGCCAAAAGAGGGUCCAUGCUUUCCCUCUUAGCCCAAGUUCACUGUUGAGGAUGUACAGAGUUGCCCCACACUCACCAUAUGAUCCUUUGCACCUAGUCCCGAAAAUGUUAAAUGAUCCUUCACCUUCCGCUCUGGAUUCUAGAGGUGCCUUUAUCAUUCAUAUACCUUCUGCCAUAUUUGUUUGGAUUGGUAAGAACUGUGAAGCAAUCAUGGAAAGGGAUGCUAGGGGAGCUGUUGUGCAGAUUGUUCGGUACGAGAGAGUGCAAGGGCCUAUAUCUGUAAUUAAGGAAGGGGAAGAACCAACAAACUUUUGGGAUUCUUUUGCAAACCUGUUGCCUUUAAUGGAUAAAUCUAACAGUAAAAUCAAUCUUGGGGAAUUAAAAGUCAAGCCGUAUGCAGGCGAGAGGAAAGUUCAUUCCUAUGAUGUCGACUUUGAAAUUUUCCAGAAGGCUAUAACUGGUGGUUUUGUUCCUCCAUUUCCCUCUCCCGAGAACGAACAUGAAACCCAUCUUCCUGUUAGAGAAAGCAGUUGGAGUAUGCUAAGGCGUAAGUUUGCCAACGGGAAUAUGAAAGAGUUUGUAUCAGCUCCUAGAAUAUCGCUCUCUAGGGUCUAUUCAGACUCAUUCAUGAUGGUGAAUUUAUCAGCAAAAUCUUCAUCACCUUCGACGUUUUCUUUGUCUUCAUCGUCUUCUUCACCUAUCUAUCUUUCUCCAGAUUCCCUCUCCUCUGAUUCAAGUUCAAGUUCAAGUUCAAGUUCCAAGUAUUUUUCAGAAUCCUCUCUAGAUUCUCCAUCUGCAGCUUCACCUUCAGUUCCAGUUUCUUCAUCUCUGUCUAGUUUUUCUAACAUGUCUCUUAUCUCAUCCAAUAGCUCCUUAGAACCGGUGCCCAAUGGACCAGAAACUUGUGAUGCAGUCCCGUUGGAAUCAAGUUCUCAGUCAUUCUCAUUCCCAUCCAAAAAGUUCUCGCCUUCUCUUGCAGAGCGCCGAGGUAGCGCAAAGUCUCUGACAUUGCCUACAAUGCCAAGUAAAAUCAGAGCAACAAAUAGUGCCUCAAGGUUUCUUGCCAGUCAAGAAGAUGGUAAAAGGAAGAGCAAGAUUUCUUGCUCCCUUAAUGUAUCAAUUAAUAUGAAAAAUGGUUCAGAGCCCAAGGAUAGGGUUGAAAAUGAACAGACAAGUUCCGCUCAAAAUUUCAAGAAUAUUGAAAAUGGAAUAGUUGCAAGGGUAGGUAGUGUGGCCUCGUGCCAGCAGGAAACUACAGUUGCUGGACAAUCUUCUGGUUCAUGGAAAAACCAUCCCAAACUUUUUGAAGAAGGCGAGGUACCCACAGUGUCAAAUGGGAAGCAAGGUGGUGGGCUUUUGCAGGAUUUUCAACCUAUGGUAUACUCUUGGCCGGAGUUAGAAAAGAUUGCAGCUUUUGACGCAAGUUACCUCAAUUCUAAAGCUGCUGUAGUGAUUUUCUCUCCAAGUAGGUCUUUAGGCAAGAAGGAUGACAUGAUGCUGUAUAUUUGGGUAGGAAGUUCUUUUGGCCAUGAUUUAUCUCAGGUUCGAGUAAAACGAGAUAAAGACUUGGUUGGUUUAGAAACGAUAGACUGGGUUAAAGUCGGUCAAUAUGUACUUACCGAAAUAGGUCUGCCAGAAAAUACAGAAAUUAAGAUUGUUAAAGAGGGUGAAGAAACAGAGGAAUUUCUUGCACGAUUGAGUCUGUUGUAGCUGCGCUGCUAAUGGACAUUACCUUGAUCCAAUGACGAAAAUUAUCCGAUUGUUGAGCUGGCUUAGCGUGCCAUGCAACUUAGUCAUCAGGAUGAACUUCCCUUGCAAAAAUUAGUGAGGAGACGUUUGAGAAUCCAAGUCGUUUAUAGCAAGUUUUAACAAGUUGUACAGAGCUGUAACACCCCACCCACCCACCCACGUCAUUCAAAUUUGAUCUUGUAAACAAUUUGCUCAAAGGCCCUUGCCUAACAUAUAUUAUUGACUUUUGCCUCCUUAAUAGGAUCAAAAUCUUUCUUUAUACUCCCUCUUGGGUUCCAUUUCUUUUUCAGCUCUACUCAAUCUGAAGCUAUAUGGAAAUGAAAAAAACGAUGUCCAUGAAUGGCAAAACCGAAACCCGACAUUUGGGUACCGAAAAUCACAUUACAGCCUAUCUAUUUCUGAGAAUUAAACACGAUAAGUGGCAGUUUCCAUGGUUUUGAGCUUA